AUGUCCCCAGAGCCAGAAAGGCCCAAGAAGGCUCCGCGGAAGCACGUCACGACGGCUUGCGUGCCCUGUCGUGAGAGUAAGAUUCGGUGCGACGGCUCAACACCCCAUUGCCAAAAUUGCCAGCGGAAAGGCAAAGACUGCAAGUAUCAACAUGGAGACGAUAAACGCAAGGUGUCUCUUCGAGCAGCGACGGAGCUUUUCUCUGCGAGAAUUGACCAAUUGGUUCAAUUCAUUCAGGAUCAGGGACUUGAGCCGCCAUCUAUGAAUGCCGAUGACGAGGCGGGCAUGAGUAGGGUUCUUGAUACUUUGCAAAUUCCGCGAGGGGUCGCCAGAACGAAGAUAUCUCCUGGAAAUGAUCGAAAGACACGGACUGACGUGAAUCGCUCUGUGAGAUCGGAUCAAUCUCCAGCGCAGAGUUCACCGAGCACGACGCCGAAUGGUCAGUCCCAGCAUCAGUCUCAGCCUCAGUCCCAGCCAUUGUCCGAGAUUCCUGCUACCACUGCUUCACCUUCGCAGGGAAAUAUGCCUAGUCGGCAACUGUCAUCCGUGGAACCCUGGAGUCCGGUCGCUAUGGUGCGAGGCGCCCCGGAAAACCAAAACUUUGUGCACUGGGGCUUCACGCUCCCAACAGCCGAAAGUCUGGAUACGAUAUAUGCGAAUAUCAAUGGAGUACAGGGGUUACCAGUCAACACAGGACUAAGCCGGGAUAGUUUUCAAUUGGGUAUGGACAUGGCACAACAGCCGGGCGUCCUGCUAAGCCAAGUCCCGCAAGACCGCGAUCGCGACCACGAGUCAGACAGCGAUGAAGAAAACGAGGCCGAGAACGACGUCAUCGAGCAAUUAUCCCAUCGUAUUGGUACACUGAAAAUUGCUGGAGAUGGUCAUUUGCGAUUUUACGGAGCAACCUCUAAUCUGAAUUUGGUUGAUGUCUCUGCGACACAGCAGCGACAGCGGCCUGAUGCGCGUACUGUGCGUCACGAUGGACAAGAUAUUUUGAAUCAUCUUCGGGUUGGGCAACCGGUUGAUCAGGCUUUAGAAGAUCAUCUCGUCGAGUUGUACUUCACAUGGCAGAAUCCCAGCAUCUAUGUUGUGGAUAAGGAAAUGUACAUGACGGCUCGACUGAAGUGGCGCAAUGAAUUUGACGACACCCCGUUUUACUCGGAAGUGCUCACGAACGCCAUGUGUGCUAUCGGCAGCGCCUUCGAAGCACGGUAUCAUCCGACAUUCAUCACAUUUCCAAAAUCGCUGGCCGAGUUCUUCGCCGACAGAGCCAAGGCUUUGUUGGAAAUUGAACUUGAUUCGCCUUGUGUGGCGACGGUUCAAGCCCUUGUUCUGAUGAGCUGUCACGAAGGCGCGUCCAAUCGUGACGCACGAGGAUGGGUGUACAGUGGAAUGUCGAUGCGCCUUGCUUUUGACCUCGGAUUGCACCUUGACAUGACCUCGUAUGUCAACCAAGGCGAUAUGAGUGCCCACGAAGCAGAUGUCCGACGGGCCGCAUUCUGGGGCAGCUAUAUUGCCGAUCAUUUCUGGGGAUUCUAUCUAGGUCGUCCGUUCCGAAUGAACGCCGGAGACGUGACUGUUCCAAAGCCUGCCUCCACUCUUGGCGCAGAGAAGGAAGGAAUCUGGCAUCCGUACGGCCUUCAGGCCAUCUCCAAGAUCCUAGAGGACGGUCUCCAAAAUCCCACCGAGCUAAUCAGCCGGCAAUUCGUCGUUCUAUGGGAGAUGGUUUCUCCCGUAGGCCACAUUCUAUACGGCUGUUCAGAUAUCUCCCGGCACGACCUUCAAAGACUCACUUUCCAAGUAACCGAGGACCUUUUCGCCUGGAAAGCCAACCUGCCCUCAACUCUCCAAAUCGACCUAGACGACGACGCAACACCAAAACUCCCGCACCUCCUCGUCCUGCACAUGCAAUACCACCAAAUAAUCAUCUUCUUCCACCGCCCCUGGGUCUCGAAGAGCUACAUCCAACCUCGCGCUCCACGACAGGGACCAGGAUACCUCCACGCCCGUCGCAUGUGCGUUGAAUCCGCUACGGCAGUUGCCCGUCUGCUCCACAUAUACGAGAAACAUUAUACAUUCCGACGGAUGAACAACCAAGUUGUCGCGAUCAUUUUCAGUGCUGCUCUGAUGCUUCUUACCGCGCACCCGCGUAAUGCGGAGAUGGUCGCGUACUUGAACCUGUGUUUCCGUGCCCUCGAUGAAUUGGGCCAGUCGUUUGAGAACGCGAAGCGUACGCGUGAUUACCUUGUUGCCCUGCAACGACGUUGGCAAGCUCAUAUGCGGCGCACGGGACCUGCUUCGAAGAGGCAGAACAGCAGUGCGAAUUUAGCGGCGAUGUCGGGGCAGGUACCUUCAACACAAGUCUCACAUAAAGAACAUGCCACUGAUUCAUCACGGAAGAAAUCGCGACUGGGUGAUCCGGGCGCACAUACCCGCACACAAGAUGACUUGAUGGCUACUGUUCAUCAGCCUUACCCUUCCUCUCAUCAAUACUCCUCUCAUCACCAACCAUCUUUCCAACACCACCCUUUCUCCGCACAAGCAGCACAAGUCAGCGAACUUGACUGGAUCCGUAACACGGAUUUGAGUCUUCUUUCUGAUGGCCAUGUCAAUGGUAGCUCAAAUGCCAUGGGCACUAUAUCACAGUCCCAGUUUCCUGAUGAUCCGGGCAUGUUGCCGGAUUUGGGAGAUAUUGAAGGCUGGUGGAGUCCGCCUCAUGGGACGUCCGGGAUGGGAGGGACGUCGAUGUAG